UCCAGUCGCUGAAAAUGAAAGCUGGGCACCUCCAGCUGAAACCUGCGCUGCUCACCCUGGUCUUCACCUUGUGUCUGUACGCGGGGGGCGAGCGGACUGAGCCGCAGGUAUGCAGUCUGUGCAGCGGCUCUGUGCUCACCAGCACUUCGGUGGGGGAGUUCUGCUCCAUGUCCGCCGGACGGACACAUGGCCGCUGCUGCCUGAGACCUGACAACACAACGGGCCCUGAACGCAUCAUCGGGUUAGAUCUAUCCAACUGUUCACUCACUCACGUAGAGGAUCUGCAUGAGGCUUCGACGGCGGUAAUCAUAGACCUCUCACAUAAUCCCAUUGUGAACCUCAGCGACACAGCGUUUCAAGGAUUUAUUGAGUUAAAUUACUUGAUUUUGCCCGGAGACGUAGAUUGUCCAGCAGGCAACACGUCCUGGUCCAAGGUGGAGCUCAAAGAGGGAAAUCGUCUUUGUGAAGGCCAGACAAACAUGUGUAAUCAGACUGGAAUGCUGUCCAUGAACUGCCCGGAGAACUCCCUCUGCGCCCCCUACGGGCCCGGCUUCUUUGAGUGCAGCUGUGCUGACGACUUCCAUGGAUACAAGUGUCUGCGAGAGGGGGAGUUCCCGGCUCUCCAGGUGUUCGGGCCCCUUGGAGCAUCUGCAGUCGUGAUCUCUCUCGUGCUGUGGGUCACUCAGAGACGUAAGGUCAAACCGCUCUGAGACGCCGAGCUGCAGGCGGCUGCUUCUUAUCUUUACCUGCACUGAAACUGACUCCUCUGAAAUAGCAAAUGCUGACUCAUAGUCUGAACUUACCCCAUGUUUCAUUUAGACGUUUUAUUUUAAAUCCUCUCCGGGGCAGCUAUGUUUUACUUAAGGGAAUUUUAAAGUCUGACAUUAUAGAUGUUUUUUACUACUGAAUUACUUGUGCAAUUUUAAAGGAAGGAGUUUUAAAAAAAAAACUUUUAACACUUAUUAGUUUACUUAACUGACAAGAUACGAAUAAAGAGAUUGUAUUAUAUAAAAUUCUGAAUUGUUGCUCACUGUCGACUGUGCCAAAUAAUUACUGACUGGGUUUACGAAACCACAGAUCUUAAAGCAUAUUAGUGGGGAAUUGAAGAUUGUAUUUUUGCAUGUUGAACAUGUUUUCUCAAGAGAGAAAAAAACAAAACAGCUUCACAUCAUGAUUCAUCACAAAAUCUCAAGCUUGGUUGAGCUGUGAGCUUAUUAGUAUUAAAGUGAAACAAGACUCAAACUGUUGUGUACCUGUUGUUGGGCUACACUCCAAUAUCAGCUAAAAUGUUUCCUUGUGGCUGUAUCCUUUGAUCGAUGUUACAAUGUGGUUGAACGAGAAGUUUCAAUGAUAUUCAGGGUUCUAAUAAAGAUUUCAAAACAA